AUGGAUUCAUUCAACAUCGCUACCUUGAAAUUCGAAAAGCCGAACGCGAUCAUGAGGUACCCUAGGGUUCAAAACAUCACGACUCUGCUCCGAUUCAUCGAGAUCUUCUUCCUCCUCCUCAUGAUCUCCCAACUCUCCACUCAAUUCCCACUCUCCGCUCUCAAACUCACCGGUGAUUACUUCCGGCGACUAACAAUCGCCGUGUUUAGUCCCUGGUUCGUGUUCGUGAUCGGAAACGCAAUCAUCAUCACUUUGUUUCUGAAAUACAGUACUAGAAAUAGCAAAACGAGUUUCGAUUACUGCGAAGAGUAUGUUGAGAACAGUUUGAAGAAUCAGAUCGAUCAUGGAGUCGAGAUCGAGUAUCAGAGGAGAGAGAGUCAGUGUGAGAAUUUGAAGAGAGAAAGUGGUGAAGAACGAUGCGGCGGAGUAAGGCGGAGGAGUGCGGCGGCGAUGAGUAGAUGUGCGGAGAAGAUGAGCGGAGAGGAGUUCCGGCGGACGGUGGAGGAUUUUAUUGCGAGGCAGCAGAGGUACCUGAGAGAAGAAGAGUUUUCAGCCAUUGUUAGAUACUGA